AUGAUCAAAAUCUUUCUUUGUUAUCAUACCCAUAUUCACGUAGACAUUGAACUUUUCAGAGCUUUCAUAUCAGGUAAGAUCUAUUCUCAUAUGUCACAUUAUUUGAAACAUUCCAUAGCAUCCAUUACAUUACACUUGGUAUGAUGAACAAACUUUAGCAUGUAUUACCUGAAGAUUUAUCGUUUCGGCGAGAUUUCACUGUGGUCUACACCAAGAUCUCUGACUACUACUCAUAAUCUUUACAUAUUCGCCUUUUGGUUUUAUCAUGGCAUAUAACUGAUGAAUUCUCUCAUACAGAUUUUUCCAAAAUAAUGUCUCACUCCAAAGGAGGACAAUUCACCAUUCUUUAUUUCGCUACAGCUAGCUCAUACACAUCGAAGGAUUCCGAGGCUUUUCCUGCACCUCUACCUCUUUCGCGACUAUUUGAGACUUUAGAGCAUCGCUACAAUGGAAUGAAAGAUCAGGUGUUACGCAGUUGUCUGGUGACUAUCAACUUGGAGUAUAUUGAUAUCCCGGUGGGAAUUUCUGAUAGUCCUGAAAUAAUUAUCAAAGAUGGGGAUGAGGUUGCAAUCAUUCCACCAGUGAGCUCUGGAUAAGGUAGUCAGAUUUGGGAGCCAUCCUGAUCUACGAUGCCACUUAUGUUCCGUUCUAAACCUCUGAAGUCUAUUUACUAGCAUGCCAUAUUUGAUUUUUGUGUUCUUCAUCAGUACCCCCUAAUAUAAUCAGUAUUUGUUCUUGAAUUCUUGAAUAUUUCUGCUCCUCAUGUGGCACCGGAAAGGACCCUCAAUUACAUUGUGAUCAUGGCACUUGAGGAGAUUGGCUGGGCGAGACGUUGGAGGAAAAUAGCCGUCGGCUAAUGGCCCUGCCAGCAUAUCCAACAUACCCCCUUCGAAGUUUGUGGCUCAUGGGGGCUCCUACACUACUCGCGCAAGGCUUGAUGGUGGCCAGAUGUAGGAGAAGUUUUGUUCUUCACAUAUUUAAGGCUUACAAAACGUCUGGAUUUUUCUCGUGAAGCCACAUAUUGAGGUGCUCUGUGGGGUUGGUACCAGGCGGAUAGCGACUUGGAAGGCUGUGACUAGGAGGAGGUAAGCGGACAGCGCGAGGACAGUCGGGAGAGGAUGUGUGUAUGUGCAAGGGCAAAAAUUGAGGGAAUAUUCCAUAUGAAGUGAUGAGGCAGGGAAAGGGUUGGAUAUGAUAUAAGGAUGGUGGGAUGGUAAAGAGGGGAAGAAUUGGGAG